AUGGCCAGUAUGGUUCUGGGCACAAAAGUAGCAAAAGAAUACCCUUUUCGCAUUGAUGUCCAGAGAACACCAUGUCAGGUGUACAGAAUGUCUAAAGUACGCACUAGAAAUAUGCAGAGGGACAAAGGUGUACAUUCAAUAUUUUGCCGUUUGUGUCACCUUGAAAAGAAAGCCGAAAUCCCACAGAAACAGAAAAAUAAACUAACCCCUUUUGAAUUAAAUGUUCCAGGAACGUGCAAAACUUCAAACUCCGAUCCCCUUCGAUGCAGAUGUGAUAAGAAUUCGCUAGACGUUUUGAGACAAGUCCAUAACGAAUCACCAGCGAAAAAUACUGGCAGAACUUUACCAUCCCGUUUUACACAAGACAGGUUUAUGAAUGAAGUCUUAUCCAACUUCCUGAUUAACGAGACAGCUCAGAUGCCAUUGAGUACCUUAAUAAUAAGAUGGAAACUAGGCAGAACUAUACCCAGCUAUGAUAAAGAGGAUCUAUUAGGGUUACUAUCAUGUUAUGGUGAUGUCUAUACUGUGUAUAAACAAUCACCAAAUAGUGCCAUCAUCAUAUUCAGAGACAUCACAUCAGCUUGCCGGGUGAUGCAGGCUAAACAUCUUGGAGAACCCAGGAACAAAAUCCAUUGUGUUUGGUACCACAAAUUUAUGAACAACAAGGCAUUUUAUUCUACGAGUCAGGGUCUAAAAGUUCGAUCUGAUCCGUUCAUUCAGAUGCAUAAUAAUAGUAUAUUAAAACGAUAUGCGUGA